UCGGGAUUUUCAUUAUGAACAAAAUGGCUACCUUCCGUCGAGAGACAAGUCCAGCGGGGCCCAUUUUAUUUCUUUAUUUUUCGUUCCAUGUCAUUCUCGCUGUCAGUGCAUCAGAUUUGUUGGUUCAUCAUUGGAAUGAUCCAUCAAAGGUUGCUAAUAUUAAAGCUGGUACCCUGAGUUUCACCAAUAUUCCAACCUCUGUUUCACUACGGUCAUCAGCUGGAAAUAUUAGAUUACAAGACAUUCCUCAAGUUUUAUCAUUGGCUUUGGGUUUCUCAUCUCUUCAGAGCAUAGAUUGGAAUGGAUUAUCUGUAGGAGAUAUUUUCAAUCGUCCUAAGGCCAAUGUAUUAUUUAUUAUUGAUGGGAUUGAGAAAGGAAAAGCUGUUUCAGUUCCAGGAAAGUCGUUAUCUUACACCAUCAUUAAGAAUGAUGCCAACUCAAAUCUUGAUAUAUUUCGGAUAUCUCCUAUACGUAACUUUGUGAGUCAUAUAUCAGGUGUUUUAAAGGAGAAACCGCUGGUUGUAUCGUUCUCCGCACAAAAACAGCUUGCAAAUGCGGCGUCCACAACAGGACAAAACGCUCACACUGUCACAUGGGAUGAUGAGAGAAAAGCAUUUGAAGACGAAGCUAGUUCAAAUGAAAUGAAACUAUCUAAAGACGAGCUGCUGAAGAAUUUUGAAACUUCAAAUUUUGGUGAAGGUAUAAAAUAUCUUACGAACGAACACAAGUUCGUUGUUUCAGUACCUGGAAAGGAAGAUGUAUCGUUUGAUAUGAAUGAAAAGGAUGACUUCAUGUUUUUCGCCGAAAUUCAAGGAUUAUUUCACCUGUUUGAUGAGAUAAAAAAAUUUGAUAGUUUAACUCAGGACCGCUUCGUGGAUUUCUAUACUUUUGGAAUUUCAACAGUGAAGAGAUUUUCUCAGCGCUAUGGCGGUGCUUCAGCACAACUUAAUGCUGCAUUACAUAUUCUGAACAAUGUCAUACCAAAGAUUACAAAAUUAUUUAGUGAACUUUAUGGAGGACAAGUGCUCGUAGAGGUCGUGAACUUGAAGGAAGAAACAGACAGAAGGAAGGUUUUGUCGAGUAAUGAAAAUGAUAUAAAUGAAGACGAGGAAAGUCAUUUGAGAUUUCGACGAGAUGUCUCUCCAGAAAAGUCAGAAAAAGAAGACUGUAAAACAAACGAGAACAACUUCGCAUUCGUCGACAAUAAAUAUGAUGACGAAUUUCCUCCAAUAUUUAACAUCAUUUUGUGGUUGAUGAUAAUUCUUGUAUUGACAGUUUAUGCUGUAUCCAUAGUCAUGUGGUACAUGGACCCUGGACGUGAUAGUGUUAUAUAUCGUGUAACUAGUCAGCACAUGAAAACGGAGUAAUCCGUGUGAGCCUGCAUGAGAAACUGUCAUCAUUUAUAUAUACAGCCAAACAAUUAAUUCAGGUUUAAUAUUAAUAGCCAAACUAUUUAAACUAUUCAAAAAAAUGUUUCCACUAGUAAGAAAACAAUGAGAAUGAAAACAACAUAUAUCACACAUUAUGCAUGCGACCUUGUAUUUCGGGCAAUUUCAAUUCAGUUGAAAAUGCCAAUACUUAGGAACUGUGCUAAUGAACUGGUCCUGCAUAAUCCAACGUGCACUUUUGACCUCGAUCAAACUCUCUACGUGCAUAUUGGUUAAUAAUGGAUAGGGAUGAACUUAUAUAGUUAAACGUGUUUUUAUUUAGCGCUCUAAAUUUGAAUAGGCCAGGAAGGUAUUUCCUUUGCUGGAAGCAAAAUGAAUGUCUAGUUCUCUAUUUCGCUCAGGUGUUUCGCUUAGUUUCUGCUAGGAACAUUGUUUUGUCACUCACUAUAUGUUUAGUUAGGAGAGUUAGGUUACUACAUACAUUAAACUGAAUUAACUAUUCAUUUAAUCAGUUUUCACUAGAAUAGAAUUCAUUAAAUUGCCUAAAUUAUUUAAUUAAAAUAUCGAGUAAAUUACAUUUCAAUAUUAAAAGUAAUU